GUUGCAGGAAGUGAAGCAGUCAUGGCGCCUCCUGUAGCGUUACUCUCUGAAUCUGUGCUCGGAUGGUCCAUUUUCACCAUCGUUUUACUGGUGAUCUUGGUCUUCUGCUGGGUUUACAUCAGGAAGUACCAGAGCCGUCAGGAGAGCGAGGUGAUCUCCACCAUCACAGCGAUAUGUGCUCUAGCUGUUGCCCUCAUCACAUCUGCUCUUCUGCCUGUGGAUAUCUUUCUAGUGUCUUUCAUGAAGUACCCCAAUGGCACAUACAAGGAUUGGUCUUCAAACAAUGAGACCAGGCAGCAGAUUGAAGACUCAGUUUUGUACGGCUACUACACUCUGUAUUCCAUUAUUCUGUUCUGUGUAUUCCUCUGGAUCCCCUUUGUGUAUUUCUACUAUGAGGAAAAAGACGAAGACAACAGCAACAAGUGCUCGCAAGUGAAAAAUGCAAUGAAGUACACAAUAGGAUUUGUGAUUGUGUGUGCAGCGCUGCUUUUGAUUGGGACGUUUGUGCCCUUGGCAUCUCCCCCAAACCAGAACUCUACUCAGUGGGAGAAGGUGCAGUAUCUGUUCGAGGAGCUGGGCAGCAGCCAUGGCCUGGCCGCCCUGUCAUUCUCCAUCAGCACGCUCACCUUGAUUGGCAUGCUGGCAGUGAUCACAUAUACGGCGUACGGGAUGUCCGUCCUGCCACUGAACCUGAUAAAAGGCACGCACAGCAUCCUGUAUGAGCGCCUGGAGAACUCAGAGGACACAGAAGAGGUGGAGCACCAGAUAGACAAGCUCAAAGCCCAGUGUGCAGAUGGACGUCCUCUCUCUAUUAGAGACCGGAGAAACCUCCAGGAUCUUGAAGCCAAACUUCAAAUGCUCCAUCGCAGAGGGCAUCACCUGGAGAUUGCAGAGAGGAACUGCUGUAAUAAAGUGGGCAUUGCCCUGCGCCCAGUGAAGAUACUGAUCGGGGUCUUCUUCAUCCUGGUGGCCCUUUUGUUCAUUGUGGCCUUGUUUAUUUCCAAUCUGGAUAAGGCUUUACAUUCAGCUGGUAUCAGCACCGGAUUUAUCAUCUUUGGGACCAACUUAACCAACCCUCUUAAUGAGCUACUGCUGGCCCUACAACCUGUUUUCCCUCUGGACUAUGUUCUGAUCACCAUCAUCACUAUGUACUUUUUCUUCACCUCCAUGGCCGGGAUCCGAAACAUGGGUAUCUGGUUCUUCUGGAUACGGCUGUAUAAGAUCAGACCUCAGAGAACCCGACCGCAGGCCCUGCUCUUCCUCUGCAUGAUCCUCCUCCUGAUCGUCCUCCAUACCAGCUACAUGAUCUACAGUCUUGCUCCACAAUAUGUCAUGUACGGCAGCCAGAAAUACCUUCAGCAGAUCCCACUGCCCACAGCUGACAAUCACACCACUGCCAUCACGAAGAUAUGUGACGCUGAUGCUCCUGAAGAUCAGUGCACAGUAACAAGAUCAUACCUGUUCCUACACAAGUUUUGGUUCUUCAGCACCAUCUACUAUUUCGGCAACUGGGCUUUCCUUGUGGUAUUUAUUGUUGGUUUAAUUGUUUCGUGUUGUAAAGGGAAGAAAUCAGUGAUUGAAGGUGAAGUUGAUGCAGAUGAUUCUGAUCUCAGUGAUGAUGAAUAUGUGCACUAACUCCCAUUCACAGCUGUACGUUAAUAUUCAACUGUUGUAAUUCACAUUUAAAGUCUUGUUUUUACAAGGUUUGGUUAAAAGUUAAAGGAUUAGGUCCCCCAAACAUGGAAAUUCUGUCAACACUUGCCUUUAUUUUCUUCCAAAACCUUAUAAACUGCCUUUCUUCCAUGAAACACAACAUGAGAUCACCAUCAUACAACGAUAGUGCACGGUGGCUGAGGUGAACAUUCUAACAUCAUCGUUUGUGUUCCACAGAAUAAAUAUAGUCAUACAGGUUUGGAAUGACAGGAGUAUGACUAAUAAUGACAGAACGUUUAACUGUUAUGCUAACCUGGCCCUACUACUGACCUUUACUAAGGGUGUGUGUGCAUGUCAUUUUGCAUUGCUGUCUGAAGUAAUUCAACAAAAAAGUGUUUUCUCUCUAAAAAUGUGUAUUUAUGUUUGAGCAUAUUAUGUAUAUUUGAAAUAAAUUGCAAAGGUACAAUUUUUUUGUUGAUUCACAUUAAAAGGUUGCAGAUUAUUUAUUGAGUUUAUGCCGUGUAUAUCUGCAAUUUUGCAUCUAGGCAUAAUGCUCUAGUUUUUUUGACGUGUGCUUUAAUGUUACUUUAAUAUCUGAGGUUGAAUUAUUAUCAUACUGCAAAACGAAUCGCCUGUUGAUUACUUCACAUAGAUAUUUAGUACAAGUAUUGAAUUGACUUGUAUUGAACAAAGGCAUAAUAUAUGUGAAAGUGAAUUUCUCAUGCAGUAUCAGCCUGUUUAGGGUUAUCUGAAAUUAAUGAUCUGUUUUAAACCAUUAAUAAAGAAUU